CAGUGAAAUAAUCAUGCAUAAUUCGCCAAUGGUAACUAAACGUACUUCCAUACAAUAGACGACAUAGUUGAUAGAUUUACUUCAAGCGAUUUAAACUGGGUUACGCGAAUUUCCAAUCCAACAGUACAAAGAAUUGUGUGAUAUUUAACUAACAAAAUCGAUGGCCACAGCCAACGUUCUCAGUAUGAAAUGGGUUCUUAUGUGUCUACUUGGAGUAACUCAAGCUCUACCUGAAAGAUGUUAUACGUCCCCAGCCCUUGGCAUGGAGGAUGAAAGAAUUAGAGUUUCUCAGAUUAUGUAUACUAGUGUAAAGAAAGGAACUACGGCGUUUGGUGAGCAAGCUCGUCUUCACCGAAAUAUUCCACAGUGGGGUGCGUGGUGUCCUGAUACAAACCUCUUUGGGUCCAGUGCAGAAAAUAUCAACUACGACCAGUUUAUUCAUAUUGAUUUAUUGCAUUUGACCAACAUCAGUAAGAUUGCAAUUCAAGGACGAGAGUAUAACGGCGGAAGAGAAUUUGUUGGGAGUUAUAAAAUAUCAUACAGUAAGAAUGGAGACGAUUGGACCGAUUACGUGUAUCGAAUAAGGGGAAAUCUACUUGAUACGAUACUGACCGGGGCAAACAAUUCAAAAUUUGUUGCACGUAGAGUUCUAAACCCUACUGUAAAGACGAGGCAUAUUCGGAUUCAUCCGGGUUAUAAGAAGGGUGAGAAUGUGUGUAUGAGGUUGGAGCUAUAUGGCUGCGCAUUUAAAGAAGAUAUAAAAGGUCGACCAGUGAAGAAAGGGAAUUCCUCCACAAAUACGACGGUUUUUGCAGGCUGUGAAGGGCAAAUAAAAAAUUCGAUUGCGAUGUUUUUCGCGGGUGUUGCCAUGACUCUAGGCACCGUACUGCUUGCAGUAUUCGUAAUUCAGACAUUCAGAAGAAAUCGCCUUGUUGCAAAGUCGACCAGUGUAAAUGCGGUCCAUAUGCAAACAGCGGUCGAGUUCCAAACUGAACCAGCUAUAGAACAACAACAAGAAAAUCGACAGGUCGCAGAUUAUGAUAUUCCAGGUAGCAGCAGAAUGUCCCCAAACGAGCAAAUUCAAGAUCCACAACUUGUACCCUUUCCGUACACUGAGCUUGAUAUACGCUAUGAGAACAGGAGAGAAACAAAUGAUCGAGCCUACCAGGGACUCCUCAGAAGCGAAUCAGAUUAUGUCAUACCAGCUCAUACUGUGUCAGAACCUUCAAACGCUGAAGACCGUGGUGAAGUCAAAACGCCUUUAGGCUACACAGAGCUGGAUUUGACGAAACUUGGCCAGGAAUGUGAUGCUUCUUACCAACAUCUGAUAAUUAGGAAGUAAUGUGAAGCAUUGCCGAAAUUUCUACGUUCUAUCCUUUUCAUGUAAAUAUUCUUGUAAAUCAGUUGAGCAAAUAAUUAGUUGAUCAGAUAAUUGACAGUUGAUCAGAAAAUAGUUUGAAAUAAUAUAAUAACACACAUUUCCAGACAGUUACUCGCGCGUGACGUGCAUUUCUAGUUUUCCGAAUGCUUGUGUUCUUGAAAUAAA